UAUAAAUAUAAAAUAAUUUCAAAUAUAUAUAUAUUACAUUAACGAGAAGUGAAGUAAAUAAAAAUUGCUUAGCUUGCAUCUCAGUCAUUGGUGUGUGGUAUAGCAUUUUUUCGCUGAGAGAAUGUGGAAGAAAGCGAUGCUGCCUCUGCUGCUGCUGCUGCUGCUCACCGCAUUACUCUUAGCACAGUUGGUCGCAACGGAAUCAACGCAACCACCAGUUAAUGCAAAAGACAUCAGCACCAGUAGUAGUAGCACGGAGCGUUCCGUGGCGACAGCAUUGGAUAUUAACGACAAUGACGAUCAUGAUCCCGAUGAAGCAAUAGUUGAAACGUACGAAGCCGAUGAGGAGAGAAGCGAAGUGACAAAGAAAACGAUACCACAAUUAAUAAAAACAACGCCAACCAACGAAGACGCUAGCGCAGACGUAAGCGAAGUAGACGCCGGUGACGAUUGCGAUAGCGACGAAGUCAACAGGGACGGGGACGAUGGCGGUGUUGGUGAUCACGAUGGCGAUGACGAUGGCGAAGCGAAUGUAUUCGACGAGGGCAGUGGUGGUAGUGUUGAUGUUGGUGAAGGGGGCAGCGCCGACUUCGCUGGAGAAUACAUUGGUGUUGGCGAAAGUAAUGCUGAAGCAUCCGAAGCUCCUCUACUUAAGCUACGCGGGCGCGAUCGGCUUGCGUCUAUAAUGAUGCGCGAAUUCACACAGUUGAUUGAUUAUGCAUUGGAGCAACAGAGAUCGGUCGUCAACCAGUUUUUACAAGACGAUACAAUUGAGAUGGUGAAAUGUGCGACAAUGGAGACGGUGAAAAAGAGCUGCGCCUCAUUCAUAGAGGGUGUGAGAGAAGCCCUCAAGAUUGACAAAGGUAAAGAUUUUCCUACACAAUUCGCGCUGUUCGGAAUGAAAACGUUGAUGGCGAGAAAUUUCGAAUCAUUUGUGGAUCAACAUAAUACGACGCGCAUAAAGCAACCGACAGCGGAAAAUGUGAUUAUUGACAAUGCGCUGAAGAAGGCGGGUGUGUUGCAGAUCGAGUUGGAUAUGCAGAAACGUUUUGUGGAAUUUUCAAAAUUAUUUGAGUCGAUAGUGGGUAAAUAUGUGGAUAGACUGUUGCCGCAUGAACGGAAGUUGGAUGAAACAAUGGUGGAGUGGUAUGAAGAAUUCAAAGCAGCGACGAAUAUUAGUAGUCAAGUGACAGCUUUGUCAAAGUUUUUACCACUGUACAAAAAUAUAUCUUCCAUAGAAAUUGAAUUAAAUUGAGAAGUGAUAAGAAGGAAGCAAAAUUAAAACAAAAAAAAAAAAAAUACAAAAAAAAAAAAUAUUUUUAAUAAUAAUAAAAGUAAUGAUAAGAAAACUAAAUUUUAAUUUAACACGAAUACCUAAUUAUGAUAAGCGCCAAACAAAACAAAGAAAAAUACAAAAAUGAGAACAAUGAAAACAAAAUCAAAAGCUGAAUAUGUGUUUAUGUGUAAGCAUUGUGCCGUAAGUUCUACCUAUGUAAAUAAAGUAUUAAUAAUUUAUUCUAAGUACCAAAAACUGUUUGCGCUUAAUACACUUUCAAAUGCGAA